AGUUGACACAAAAACCAUACGAUGGAAUAUGGGCGGCUCAUAAUAUUAAAACAUGGCUUCAAGAAAAGAAUUCGGUAUCAAAUAAUAAAAAUAUAGAAAAGAAAAAUGAUAAAGAAAAACAAAAGUCUAAGGUACAUGUAAAUAAGAAAACCAAACCAAAUGUAACAAACACUGAAAUAAGUAACGAAAAUGUAAUGAUUACAAGAAGUAGAGCGGCGAGGAUCAGGAGAUCCUAAUUAUCAGGAUGGCCGAGCUGUAGUAGUAGUAGUAGUAAUUGUGUAUAAGCAUAGUAGUAUAAGUCCCAUUGCAAUAUUAGAAUGUAAGAACCUAAUUAUAAGAGUCGCGAAUGUAAACAGUAUACACACACUUGCUGAAUAAAUGAAGAGUCAGUCGUCGCUGAACUGUCACAGAGCGCACACUAAAUAUAUAUAAAUAUAUAUAAACGAAAUAGUAAUACAAAAGGGAAUAUACAUAUAUAAACGAGGCCAUUUAUAAAUAAUAAACGAAACCGAUCAAGGCAGAAUGAUAAAUGCUAAUUAUCCGAUACAGGUAGAAGUAUAUAAUGCAUAGAGUUUUACAGAAAUAUACACGGCAAAACAUACAAAUAGUGAAAAAAACGACAAUAAAGUUAGACUCAACAUAAGAACAGAACACCUUAACAAAGAAGAAAAAGCUAAAAUUUUAAAACAAUAUAGAACCUUAUUUUAUAACGACGGGGAAAUAAAUGUUAACAACGAAAAUGAGAUCGAGCAAUGUUCUGAGAGGCAGAUGGUGAGCGCCAGCAACAAUGAGUCCAACAAAUGUUUAGCGAUCCCGAUGGCCAGCAACAAUGAUCCCGAGAUGCAAAUGGCUGGCAACAAGGAGCCACAACAAUGUUUUGGAAACCAAAUGAUGCGGAACAAUGUAACUAUCCAAGGCAGCGAUAUUCAAAGACUGGAAAAUGAGUUGAAAAUAUUGAAGCUGCAAAAUGAGAUCGACCAGUUAAAAAAUAAACAACAACGAAGUAAUGACACAGACUCAAGCAUUUCUUUCGAAAUUUUAAAGGAGAUCGUUAAGAAAAAUUUCAAGGUCGGCGACGAGAUGAUGCGUGCGCUGAUUCACUACAAAGUUAAGGGCGAUGCUGAAAUAUGGCUGUAUUCAAGUACGAUCGCUACUAUGGACACAGCGGAUAAAAUGUUAAACCACCUGGAGAACAUGUUGUAAUGUCUGCGUCUGGAUCAAAGGUGAGGAGUUCUCCAAGUACUACAACGAGAAGUGGCAGCUGGCGGAUAACUUAGCACUGGCAGAAGAUGAAUUUUUGGAAUAUGUCAUUGACGGCAUACACGAUGUCAAUCUACGCAAUCUGGCUAAGUCGCGUUCGUUCAAG